CAUCAAGUGCAGGCAGCCAGCCAGCCCAUCCAGGCUCGUGAAAUGUGAUCAAUUCGGGAUCGAUGUCCCGCGAGGCAGGCCGUGGCAGUGGAGGCUGCCCCUGCUGCCCUCCCAGAACAGCAGAAUCUGGAGGAUUUAUUGUGUUUCAAUGCCAAGAAACCCUAACUGGCCCCAGUCCGACCACUUCACCGAACUGGAGGUGCUAGAAGGAGACAACUGCGUGUUCGAUGGGGUCAUUUACCGCAGCGGAGAGAGGUUUGAGCCCAACUGCCAGUACCACUGCACCUGCAGAGACGGGCAGAUCGGCUGCGUGCCCCGCUGCCAGCUGGACGUGCUGCUGCCCCGACCCGACUGCCCGGCUCCCAGGAAAGUGGCAGUUCCGGGAGAGUGCUGUGAGAAGUGGACGUGUGGCCCGAGUGAGGAGGGGGCGCUGGGAACCCUCGCCCUGCCAGCCUACAGGCCAGAAGCCACCGUGGGACUCAAACCCUCUGACUCCAGCAUCAACUGCAUUGAGCAGACCACAGAGUGGAGUGCGUGCUCCAGGAGCUGCGGCAUGGGCAUCUCCAGCCGGGUCACCAACAGGAACCACCAGUGUGACAUGGUGAAGCAGACCCGCCUCUGCAUGGUGCGGCCCUGUGAAGCGGACCCCGGGCCGCCCCCAGAAAAGAAAGGAAAAAAGUGUCUGCGCACCAAGAAGUCGCUCCAGGCCAUCCACCUGCAGUAUGAGAACUGCACCAGCCUGCUCACCUACAAGCCCAGGUUCUGUGGGGUCUGCAGUGACGGCCGGUGCUGCACCCCUCACGACACCAAAACCGUCCAGGUGGAGUUCCAGUGCUCACCGGGGCAGACCAUCCAGAAGCCAGUCAUGCUCAUUGGCACCUGCACUUGCCACACCAACUGCCCCAAGAACAACGAGGCCUUUCUCCAGCAGCUGGAGCAGAAGACCAGCGGAAAGGAAGUAUAAGAAACACCUGCAGUGGCAGACUGUAGCCGGCUGUUGAGCCCCCCCAUCGAAUGAACAUAAGACGAAAAAGGGAAGACCCUUUGCUGCAUCCUUGAGUGCUGUGUAUUUUUCUGUGAUCGUAUGAGGUCACUUGAUUCUGUCUUUUGUUUAACGAAUGGUGUUGCGACUGUAAACUCGGAACCCAGGGAAGCUCAGGAGAUGGCUUAGGUAUGACUUACUUUCCUGUGAUGUUUAUUACAAAUGUAAAUUCCUAUAGAUUUAAGAAGUCAGAUAUACGAUUUCCUUUGUAGACCGUAUCACAUGACGCUCAUCCUAUUUUGAGGGACACUAAUGCAAUUGCAAGAAAAUGUCACUGUAGUGAGUGACAUGGUGAAGUCUAGGGUCACACUGAACGUGUCAUCAUACAAAUGUUUCACCAUGUUCCGGGUUUAGCUUGUUGGUUUCCCACUGGGCUUGCUUCAGGCAUAGGUCAGCUCUGCCCUAGAAGCCCAAGACUCAAGGAAACAUACAACUCUUCAACAUGAAGUCCAGAAACUAUUAUUCUAUUUAGCUGUGUGCUAGGAAACAUGCUGUAUCUACUGCAGUGAGGCGUUCGUUAAUUAAGUGACUGGUUCUGAGCUUCCUCUGCUUCAGAUAAACUGACUCCUUUCCUCUAGAAAGCAGCUCAACAGAAAACUCCCAAUGCAUAAAUGACCGGACCCUCGCAGCCCACGCACCUCUGUCCUGCAGGCUGCUGAGCCUCACUAGUGUUUUAGUUCAGUAGAAGCAGAAGAGAUCCACAGGGAUCCACUCCUCAGUAAGUAAACUGAGGCCCAGCUCCCCUGGUUAGGACCUCUGAUGACUCCCAUGUUCUUUAUGUGGAAUUUUUUUAAAAAAUAAAAAGUAAAAAGGGAAACAAAAUCAGCACGACUGUGGUGGUGAAAGACUACAGAUUUUGUGUUGAGAACUGUUAGACAUGCCUCAAACACGUCUUGGGUUCUAAUUAUGCAAACUCGAGAACAUAUACAUGCACUUGGGCACCUACUAGGUCAGGCUCGCUUAAAAGAUAGGCUGCAAAAUUAGAGCCACUCAUCACUCCAGUGUCACCAUAUGUGUUCCAUUUUUUUCUCCUUUAAAGUAUUUAUGAAAAUAUAAAUUAUGCAUCUUGUAAAAUACUCAUUUCAAUGUCUCUCCUUGUCCGAUGAGACCUAAAAAGCAUGACACUAUCCACGUGUGACACUGGUACUACUUUUGUGCUUCCGAGUUUGAUUGUUUACUAAAAAUAAAAAUAUGAAUUAAAUAAAGCAUUGUCAGUAGCACCUGCUGAAAGCGAGAUGGCUGUUU